AUGCCAUUUGGCGUAGAUCUACGACUACUUCCUGGCGAUGUCGACUCCCUAUUGGUGCGCCAGCAAGCAGGUUUCAAAAGUGAGAACGUCGAUGGACCGGAAACGCCACUUGGCUGGAUGUGUUCGCUCGGCGCUUUCAAGUAUACUGUACUUAGAUCAAGGUAUGAGCAGCUGGAUGAAUCGGAGCCAUGUACAUUCCAACGCUGUCAGCACAAGCACGGGCACCUGCAAACAGCGACGACCAGCGAAUCACAAGUCGCAUAUCAUGUCGAAACUUUCCUGGCCCACUCACGACUGUCUCUCUGGUUUCAGCUGCGCUCGCCAGAACAACUUCGAGACCUCGUCGAAGCAGUGGUGGCAGCUUAUCAUACUUUGUCGCUCUCGCUUGCAACGAUUAAAAGCAACGAGCUAUCUAUCCUCUUAUUCGUUGGCACAGACAGGUGCAAUCUUACCAAGUAG